AUGGCACAGAAGACAAGCGACUCCGAUGAUCAGCCAAAUCCUUCGUCAUCCUCGACCAAGGAAAUCCCUGGGUCCGCCGCCGCCCAAAAACAGACAACGUCUCACACAUCUAGUAGCCCUGCACCUGCACCUCCAAAUGCACCCACGCCUACGCCCCAAUCUUCUUCAUCCACCAUCACCACCACCACUAAGCCUCUUGACUUCAAGCAAUCUGGAGAAAAUGCCGCCAACGCCAACACCCAGCCCAUGAGCAAGUCCCACUCGGCGGCAUCGAGCACAUUGUCCAAAGACGUCAUGGCUGGACCGUCACCGUAUGGCACCCGUUCUCGAAAUCGUGGUCAGGCACGGCCCAACUAUGCCGAGGACAGAGAUCUGGAUGUUGAGAUGGAGGACGCAUUUCCCGAAAAGAAGGAUGAGGAACCCAAAAAGGGCGUACGACAAACCAAUACAACGAUGAACGGGACGAGCGAUACUAGCAAGACUACAGCAUCAAGCUCGCGCAAAGGCGCUGCAGCAGACGAUUCCAAGGUUUCAAGUUCUCACGGCUCUAGCAAAGACGCGCAUUCCACACCUACGCCCGCGAACGCGACCGGCCCCGCAACCUCCUCAGGUACAUCUAAAAAGCGUAAAGCCGCAACACAAGCAUCUAUGAACAAUAUGCACAGCCAAGCUAGCACGCCAACACCGACGCCGACUGCGUCAGCUGCUACAGGUACAAGGCGAGGCGCUGCUCAGGCAGUAGCGCAGCCUAGCGCAGGAUAUAGGGAGACCAACAUGCUCAGCUUUGAUAAAUGCGGUGGAAUACCAAAGGAUGGCAAAAUGGUUGCUGAUGACGGGACCGUGCUAGAAGCAAAUGACCACGUGUACCUGGUGUGCGAACCCCCCGGGGAACCCUACUAUCUAGGGCGCAUCAUGGAAUUUCUGCACAUGCAGAACGAUCCAAAAAAGCCAGUAGAUGCAUUAAGAAUUAAUUGGUAUUAUCGGCCAAAAGAUAUUGGCAAAAGGGUCAAUGAUACGAGAUUGGUGUUUGCUACCAUGCACUCGGACAUCAGUCCGCUGACAUCGCUACGCGGCAAGUGCCAAAUCCGCCACAAGGCCGAGAUUGAGGAUAUGGACGCUUACCGAAAAACCCCCGACCGUUUUUGGUAUGAGAAACUGUACGACCGCUAUAUUCAGAAACAUUACGAUGUAAUUCCUUGUUUCCAGAUCGUCAAUGUGCCGGAGAAGGUGAAGAAGGUGCUGGAUGAGCGAUGGAAAUAUAUCGUCGUUGAGCAGGGCCGUGGCAAGGAGUUCACGAGUGCUGUGAAGCUAUGUAAGCGGUGCAACGGAUACUGUGCCAGUAAUGACUCGGUUGAUUGCGCGGUUUGCCAGCAGACAUAUCACAUGAACUGUGUUCGUCCUCCCAUACUGAAGAAACCAUCACGCGGGUUUGCUUGGGCCUGUGCUGCCUGUAGCCGAGCCCAAGAGCGGAAGCUGGAGGCUAGGCACACUCCAAGCCUCUUGGAUCCGCAUCACGAAGGAGAAGAAGAAGAGCUCUGGGACGAAGAGGAUGAUGCAAUUGACACCAAUCGCACAAGCCCUUCUGACGGGAUUGAUGACUCACAUAAGCCUGCCACCGAAGAACAAAUGUACCACGCUAGCUUAUGGCCAUAUCGCUACUUAGGCCAACACUGCAAACCAGAGGAUGCACUUGACUACGAUGACAGGAUCUAUCCACGAGCCGGGUCGCGUCUUGGUCCAAAGCAUCAAGCGACUGUACUGCCAUGGCCGGGUCGGCCUGUUAAGCUGGUCAAACCAAUUGAGAUUAAAAGAGGCAGCAAAAAGGACGCAAAGGCAACUAAGGAGGCUCUUGCAGCGGCGGCCGAAUCGGAGAAAAUGCGUCGUGAAAAGCGCCCAUGGAUCCAAGAUGAGCCGCCGGGAUAUGUUCCCCGAGGAGAAGAUUUCGAUAAUGACGACGCGAACAACACAGCGCAAUUGUUAUGGAAACCCUGUGAUGAUACAACCAUCGUACCUUUUGCAGGCUUUCCAAAAUCUAAGCAUGCCAUCAGCACAGUCGCUACUAAGUCCCCCAUAAAUAACUAUCUUCAAUCGGCAAAAUCCAAGAUAAUCCCGGUGCUUGGUUUACCAAAAGAGUCUACGAACUUCCUGGAUGUAGCCAUUAAUACUCUUUUCAAGAGUAAUUUCAAAUAUGAUGCGGCGCUGAGAAUGCUUGAUAGAACUGAAAAAUCAGCAUUUAAGGAACCGGAAUUAAGCGCUACAGAAAUUAAGAAGUUUGAAGAGGGGGUAACAAAGUUUGGAUCUGAGCUCUACCUCGUGUCUAGGCAUGUCAAGACCGCGAAGCAUGCACGCAUAGUUCGCUUUUACUACGCUUGGAAGAAGACGGAACGUGGAAAACAGAUUUGGGGCAAUUUUUCUGGACGAAAAGGCAAGAAAGAGGCCAAGAAGGCAGAGGCUGAUGCUAGCAAGCUGCAAGAUGACGUUGCUGAUGAUCACGAUGACUCCGCGUUUGAUACGGAUAAGGCCCUGGAACAAAAGCGUUGCUUUAUGUGCAAAUUUUGUGCAACGAAGUCUUCCAGACAGUGGCGGAGAGCACCAAAUUCUGCAUCUACAAUCCUCAGUGAAAACGGUGGGAAAGGUGCUAACAAGGAGAAAAUUCAAUACAUAGUUGCUCUUUGUCGGCGUUGUGCCGAGCUCUGGCGAAGAUAUGCCAUUCAAUGGGAAGAUAUGGAAGAUCUUGCCAAGAAAGUUGCCACAGCUGGGGGUAGAUCCUGGAAGCGGAGAGUUGAUGAGGAGUUGUUGAAAGAACUGAGGGCUGCUGAGGACAUGAUGAAUAUGACAGUCUACAGCAGCACGCCAACAAGACCCAGUCCUGCAUCUCGAGCAACUCCGCCAACUACGAAUGCCCAAUCUACGUCCACUGAUCCGCCACCACGGAAAAAGCUUAAAACCAUUGCUGAUAAGCACGCCGAUCAAAAUAGUGGAGAUGUUGCAACAUCAGUACCAGUACCUCCACCGAAAAAGAAAGAAAAGCCUGUUGAAAAACCACUCCCGCCACCUCCUCCGCCAGCUCCAGAGCUGCCCAAGUUACGCACACUUCCAUGUGCGGUUUGUAACCAAGGCACCAUUCUCGGAGAACAGGUCAUCUGCUGUAGGGAAUGCCGGUUGACUGUUCACCGAUCAUGCUAUGGAAUCCCUGAAAGCCGUAACAAGGACAAGUGGACCUGCGAUAUGUGCAUGAACGACAAGAUUCCGCAAGUCUCUAUCGCACACAAGUGCAUUCUAUGCCCUGUAGAGAAAAGAGAACAUGACUUCAUGGAGCCUCCAAAGAACACUCACAAGAAGAAGACGGAGAAGGACAGGGAAAAAGAGAGGACUGACCGAGAACUAGCCUUGAAGGCGGUGGAACUCUAUCAAAAAAGGCAGGUUGAGCUUAAACGGCCUGUAAAUCCAAGGGAGCCUUUGAAGCGAACAGCAGACAACAACUGGGUUCAUGUUACCUGUGCUAUAUGGACCCCAGAGAUCAAAUUCAGCAGUGCAAAGGCACUAUGUCUCUCCGAGGGUAUACCAUCAAUUCCUCGAGCAAGGUAUGAAGAAGUUUGCAAAGUCUGCAAAGACACAGGUGGCGCUUGUGUGCCUUGCCACUGCUGCCGUGCCUCAGUUCAUGUGGAGUGUGCCCACAAGAGUGGUUACCUCCUAGGCUUUGAAAUAACACCUGUCAAAGGUUCCAGGCGAGAUCAACACAAUAUAGUCACCAUAGGAGGGGAAACUGGGUCAAUGUCAGCCCUUAUCUGGUGCAAAGAGCAUAUUCCUCAAAAGACAGUGGUACACCGAAUGCAUGAUAUUGUCAAGACUGACGAUGACCAGCACAGUCACGCCAACGCUCUGCAGCUCUAUGUGCGUAACUUCAAGCAAGCCGACCUUGCCCUCACAGGCACAGUUCGUAAAGCAAACCUACUCAAUGUCGUCACAAAGGCAACAUCGAACACUGUACCAGCAAGUCAGAACAGAAGGCAUUCAUCGGCGCUGCCAUGCCAGAAGAGGUCAUGGAUCGACACUGAAGCUUUUGCACUCCUCCAUCAAAGUGGUGAUAAAGCUUGCAUCACAUGUGGCAUUGAUGUAAGCCCUAAAUGGCAUAGAAUUGAUGAAGCUCAGGAGAGGAUUCUGACCAACGGGUACGCUGGCACUGUCGGAGACGAUGUACGAAUGUUCCUUGCCCAACGGCAUUUUCAAUGCCACAAGUGCAAAAGAGAGGGUCGGCAGCCCGCCCCCCAUGUGCCACCGCAAUCCGUGGAACGGCCAGCAGAAGCAGUGGAACCACUACGUCCUCCGCCUGUCAUUAACCCAAGCGCUGCACCGAGCUCUCCCCAUCAUGCAACGCAUGCAGUGACUAGAAUGACCACUGAGCUUGGGAAUCCUUGGCCCCCACGGCCAACAUCAAGUGUGCAGCCACCUUUACCUCUGGGACAAACUUCAUUGCAUGGUCCGCCUGGAGGGGCGCCUCAACCUCCGCCAUUGACUGCGCCGAGAACCGGGCCAAGCCCCAUUGCUGCACCGGGGCCUCCGCCGGCACCUGCUCACACCUAUUCGACUCCGAACAGUUCAUACAGUGAAUGGCAGCGCAGCUCAGCACAGUCCUCUGUCUCCUCUCACCCAAUAACUGGGAGCUCCGGUGGGCCAAGUUCUGUGCACCAUAAUCACCUACGUGACCUGCGACCGCCCCCUAUCACUCCCAUGUCACAUCAUCAGGUUCCGCCGAUCCAGCAUGGCUUGGGACAACCCAUGAUCAAUGGGGCUCCACUCUCACCUCGACGGGGGCCGCUGGCUGUUCACAACGGGGGCACCCCCUUUGUGAGUCCGUAUCAUACCCCAACUCAUCCACCGUCUCUUCACAAUGUCACAAAUGGCGGACAGCCGUCUCGCUCGGACUUCUCGCAAGGACUGCUGUCUCAGCGUCCGGCAUUUCCAGCAACACCGCAACACAGGAGCCCACCAGUGUCUCAUGAUGGUGUCUCUGUGAAUCACGAGCCCAGUAUCAAUACCAAUAACAGUAGCAAUGCUAUGCUAACGGCUCCAAGACUCAACGAUGGGCGGCCUGCCAACGGUGCCAGCGCCAGUCCAUCUCUGCGCAACCUAUUGAUAUAG